AUGCCUGACAACUGUCCAGGCGCCCUGGACCUUGCAGAGGCAGAUGCUGCGGCUGCAAAGGCCCAAGUGUCUGCGUACGUCACUGUGACGGACGCGUCGGACGAGGAGGACGUCAAGGUUCAGGACGCCUUUGCGGGCUCGGAGAAGGAUGUGCCAGAAUUGCAGCCGGAAACGCCGGAGAAGCCGAAGAAAGAAGACAAGUUCAUCUUGCUCCAGUUGGCUGAGGACCUUCAGGUCGUCACGCUGCCAACGCCAGGUGAAGUUGCCCAGACCUUCGGCAUCGUUUUGCUUCUGGUCGCCGCCUAUACAGGCUUCGUGGCCGUGGUGGACUUUAGUGCCCAAGAGGUCCUGGGACAAGUGUUCUCCGACUUCUACAAGGCCGCGCGGCCCGAAGCUCCAUCCCUGUGA